AUGUCUGGAGCGAGUCCCUCGAUGGCCGUUUUAGAAGCCACAAAUUUACUCCAACAAACGCCACAUCUUACAGACUCGCACGUUCUGCGAAUGUUCAGCAAACAAGGUGUGCUUGCCGGGUCGGACAUUUACAGAACCUACGUGCUGGGCCAGGGGAAAUACACCAGAAAGGCUCAGAUUUUGGAUAUCGUCAAGGGCAGAUACGUCCAAAACUUGGCUCCUUCCGGCAUCUUCUAUCUGUUUUUCUCCUCUUUUGAGGAUGCUUCCAUCUUCUGGAGCGAUAACAGGUCUGCAUUGUUCAAUGGAUCGUAUAUUUCGUUUGAUUUCGUCAAUAUUCAGGACGAACUAAAUAAUAUCUUCUUCCCGAUCUUGGCGGACUCCAAGUUGCGUUCCGAUCUCGUGGACUGGCACUCGCUGAAAAACUCGUCUGUGUCCCCGAAACUCGCCUCUUUGUUGCGACAACAGCCUUGGUUGAGCCUAGAAUCAAAAGAUCCAGCAGUGCUCGAUUACCUCGAAACCCACCCGGUCAAACGUCACCAGUGCGUGAUUCUCCACAACAUACCGAAGAACACCAGCCAGAGUCGCAUUUUCGAAUUUCUCAACGACUUGGAGGUUUACCAGGUGCAAGAUCUCAGUUUGCAGCAGAUCCACACAGAUAACUCCACGGGACUAAGCACCUACGUUGUCGUAUUCGACAACCCAGAAGACGCCGUGCGCUGCGUCACAAUGACCAACGGCGACCAUCUUUUCUACGAUCAGGAGCUGCCAAUUGUGAGGGCAGAGCUGCUCGAUGAAAAGUGCGGCUGGAUUUGA